UGUGUACGUGCGUUUUGUGCUGUAUUCAAAUCAUUAACUGGUGUCUACUGCUCUGAUUUGGGUCUAAGCAGUUCGACUGUUGUCUCAUCUUGAGCAUGGAAAGGGCCGUAAUGAGCUCGAAAGUUCCCCCAUGAACCAAAUGUUUUCGCAUCUCGGGGUAAAGCCUGUCAGACUCUGCCUCACACUUGAAUAAAAUAAUGUCUGGAUUCUUAACAAGUCAUCCGGAGCCAAAUUGGUCUCCUUGACCGGAGGCACUGCUAUAAGGAAUAAGACAGCACGAUCGCAACGAGGUGGUUGCGGAUCAUGCAAUUGAUAGAGUGGGACUCGUACGAGUUCUCCCGGAAAACUUCUUACUGAGCAGUAUGACUCUUUUCCAUUCUUCGUUAUAUAUAGUGUGUGAGACAAUAAGUAGAUUGGGUCGAUGCUUCAUCUGGAAGUUUACCGCCGGGCGGAUCCAUGUGCGGCCAUGGCUCGAGGGGUCAAAAAAAUUUGAAAAAAUCGCCUGUUGUUUCCUUCGCAUGAAUCAAAUUGGGUUGACGUCGGACGCAGGUCAGACUAGUUGAUUGUCUGCGCAUCUGCAGGUGCCUCCGGCGAGUGUCUGUACGUUCUCCAUGUUUCACAAAGAUGGAGUAUUGUAGGGCCACGGGGAUUACAAAAAUCAGUGCCUCCAUGCUUUCAGAUGUGGAUGGUACAGACUCUGGGGCCCGAUCUUAAAGCUUCGACUACGGCGAUGGCCUUGAUGGAGGCCUCAGCUGUGGAACACAGUCUUGUUUCUGUCCAACGCCAGAGAAGGCUGCCAACAGAAAAGGCGACUCAAAUUUGACGCAUGUCGUCGAGUCGUCUGACAUCGACAGGACCAAGACGUCGCUGCUUGCCGCGUGCCCUCGCCUUACCCAAGGUAUCAUCGAGAAUUUCACGCCUCCAUAUCGCUCGACGAGGUGAAGUGAGUGUUUCUGAAGCCUGUGUUGAUUUCACCCUGGGACAUUUCUGGAUGUUCAUUUGAAGGAUUGUGUCCUAUAGAAGCAAAUUCCAGACAGAAUGGGACACGAAAUUAAUCGUGCAGGUGCGAAUGAGACCACAGUCGGAGGCUACACUGAACUGCAUAAGGCAGCAGCCCAGGGGAACGAAGAUGAAGUGUUAAAAAUUCUUGCAGUGGGUAAACAGAAGAUCGACGUGGCCACAUCCUACGGACACACGGCCUUGCAUUUCGCCGCUUAUGGGGGCCAUGAAACCAUCGUCACAUCCUUGCUUCACUGGUAUUGGAAAAAUCCUGGUGCUGAUGUUAAUGCCCGAGAUAACGUGCUGGGCAGAACAGCUUUGCACUAUGCAGUAGGAGGAGGGCACCAGAGGGUCGUCGAGGAACUGCUUAAAUUUCCCGUUAUCGACAAAUGCCCGGAAGACUCUGUUCAGAACCUCACUCCUUUGCUCAUGGAGGUAAUGAAACCCAAGGGAAUCUGCAAAUUGGUCAUGGUCAAGACAUUGAUUGCUCAAUGCCCCGAUCAAAUCAACCGCGUUGGUCCUGACCCUGACGCAAAGCUCAACGUUCUGCCCUGGGACUCAGAGUACCCUAUUAAAUUUUUCCCGAGCGACAUGGUUUUACAGAAAGUCUCCGGCGGUCCUCGGAAGGAACAGCCUGAGCAGUACCCGGCUUUUCCUUUGUUGGAGGACGAGUACCUGGAGAUAGAGGAAAAAGCUAGAGAAAAGGACGGAAGCUUAUCAGAGGGAGACUGGGAAGGAAAGAAAACCGAGGACAGACAGAAGUUAGAGACAGAGUCAAAGGAGCAAGAUACACAGUCGAAAUGCAUUUCUACUUCUGAAGUGUUCUCGGCCCCUAACACUGAUUCCAAAGAGAGCAGUGUGAUAGACUGGUACCUGACGUACAACUACUCGAUGGCAGGGCACACGAUUUUCCACCUGGCUGCCACACAAGACAACGCAGAGGUCCUCUCGCACCUCCUCUCCAGCUGCACGAGGGCAAAUGUGAACAUCCUCACAGCCGAUGGCAGCGGAAUGACCCCUCUGCACUGCGCCAUCAGAGCGGAAUCUAUGGAGACAUUCGACAUCCUCAUGUCCCACGGAGAAGUGGACGUGAACGCCGUCCUGAAAUCGGCAGUCGACCUCGCGCCCCCACAAUGGACGGAUCUGACAUUGUACUCCUGGUGGAUCCGGACAAAAUCCGCACGGUUCCGAUUCUACAAGGCGACCUGUGUGUCCGACACCCCUCUCCACCUCGCAAUUCGCUGCUGCAGCUCCUUGACACUGCGUGGAAUGGUCAUGAAGUUAUGCAACCAUCCCCGGUUCCAGCCCAGCAUCUACAACGAGUCUGGCGUCCUCCCGCUGGAUCUGGCCUGGCUCCGAUCCUCGUGCAGCUUACAAUUCGGGAACAGCUCGGUACACCUGCAAUCGGUCCUCGACGUGCUCGAGCGCCAGCCGGGGAACGAGCCACUGAUGAACGAGGUCAACCGCAUGGAGAAUGGGGCCCAGAACUCCGUCAACGCGGUGCUGGUCGCGGCCACGCUGCUGGGAGGAGUAACAUUCACUGCUAUGCUGCAACCGCCAUUCGAUACCGAAUUCCGGUACCGUAAACGGGCCGUGCACUUCUUCUGGAUCUACAAUUGCAUGUCCUUCUACUUGUCCAUGUACACGAUCCUGUCCUGCCUGGGCACGACCAUCACCACGCAGCAGCACAAGCAGCGCAUCACGGGCGGCAGCAUCAACACCACGUCCGCGUCUCUGCGCGUCUUCUUCGCCGACGAGCAGGCCCAGCUCGUCGUCCCCCUCAUCUUCUGUGUCGUGACCGGUGUGGGAGCCUUCGUCGGGGCGGGCUAUGGCAACCUGCCUCCGGACAGUCGGACCCUCAUGACGGUCUGCACGAUUUUGGGUCUUCUUCUCGUUUUCAUCCAGGCCGCUAGCCGCAUCUUCUCCACGUUCAAGCUGUACCGCGACGUCAAAGUUGGGGUCAAGAAUCGGUUCGUUCAUCUGUGGUAUCUGGUUAAGGGGGUGUUUAUCGAGGCUCCGCGGAAACUUAUUUGUAUGCCGUGCAAUAACCGAGGGAUUAGCCAUGAGAUUCCUCUAGAUCAGAACGACUUUUCCAGGGAUAGGAAGUUGGCGAUUCUGGUUAUCCACGUGUAUGCUAUUGUGGGCAUGACAAUCUACGCAUCUGUUUCGUGACGAAGACCCGCCAGUUCUGGUUCAUUCGCUGCAACUUCGUCAAUCUCUGUGUUGCAGCAGGAGCCGAAUUCCGAAAGCAU